CAACAAAACAACAGAGAAACAAGCCUGAGAGUGCUCAGAUAAACCAAGAGACGGGUGAGCACAAACAUUACAAUGCACUAAUGCAGACUCCGUCAGUCUUAUUCAUUCCUCCAUCUGUCACUAGUCAUCCAUCUCCCAUAGUUAAAAACAUCUCCUUUCCAAACCUCACAAACCAUUUGCAAAACCUCUCAGACCACCUGAUGAAGAAGCUCCUCCGCAUUGCCAUCCUCCUUAUCAUCCUACUGUUGUCGAUGUAUGUAUCACAGGCAACAACAGAUCAAGACACACUUUUGAAAUUCAAAGCGACAAUAACAGAUAGUAAUGGCAUGCUGCAAAACUGGAUUGAGAGGUCAAGCCCAUGCAUAGGAAACAAAGCCAACUGGACUGGUGUAAUCUGUGGAAGUGGUGCAGUCCUUGGUCUGCAGCUGGAGAACAUGAGCCUUUCUGGGAGUUUGAACUUCAGUGAACUAGGAAACUUGCAAGGGUUGCGUACAUUGAGUUUCAGAAAUAACAGCUUCGGAGGUAGCAUGCCAGACUUGGGACAGUUGGGGAGCUUGAGAUCCAUUUACCUGCCCAUGAACAAGCUAAACGGUUCAAUCCCAGAUGGCGCGUUCAAAGCUGUAGGGGCUCUGAGGAGGGUGUACUUGUCGUCAAAUGGCUUCACCGGGCCGAUACCCUCUUCGCUUACUGGACUGCAGAGGCUUGUGGAGCUGAGGUUGGACUGCAAUCAGUUCACCGGUCAGAUACCGGACUUGCAGCAGCGAGGUUUGGAGCUAGUCAAUAUGUCUUUCAACAAUCUUGAUGGCCAGAUUCCAGCUGGGCUCAGUAGGCUGAAUGCCACUUUGUUUGCAGGGAACAAAGAUCUGUGCGGGUCACCACUCGGAGUCCCUUGCAAGGCAUCUAAAAAGGUUUCGAUGCCUCUGGUUCUUUCAGCCACCUUGAUUGGCAUUGGUGUCGUGCUAGUAAUCACUGGCGUUAUCCUUGUGGGGUUAUACCGCAGGCGGCAGCGAGACAAAAAGAAUCAACUGGAAAGAGCUCCUGCACAUCCCAAAACAGGGGAGGUUGUGAAAGUAGCAGGAGCUCAAGGCACAGAUGACAACAACCAUGUUAAUCGUAAUCAGCAUGGAAAGAAAAAGGCCAUUGCAGCAGCUUCUGCAACAGCAACAACAACAACAGCAGCAGCACAGGAAUUUGAACAGGGAAGGCUGGUGUUUGUGAAGGAAGACAGAGAAACAUUUGAGCUGCAAGAUCUUCUCAAGGCUUCGGCAGAGAUACUCGGUGGUGGGAGCUUUGGGUCAUCAUACAAGGCAGUCCUGAUGACUGGGCCUUCCAUGGUGGUGAAAAGGUUCAAGGAGAUGAACAAGGUUGGCAGGGAGGAGUUCCACGAGCACAUGAGGAGGCUGGGGAGGCUGUCACACCCCAACCUUCUCCCAUAUGUGGCCUACUACUACAGGAAGGAGGAGAAGCUCCUUGUCACUGAUUUCAUUCCCAAUGGCAGCUUGGCUGCUCUGCUUCAUGACAACAAUGAAUCCCACAGUGGCAUGUUACUGGACUGGGCAACACGUCUGAAGAUAGUAAAGGGGGUGGCAAGAGGCCUUGCAUACCUCUAUGACGAGAUGCUGGACAUGAACACACCUCAUGGCCACUUGAAGUCUUCCAAUGUGUUGCUCGAUGCAACCUUCGAGCCACUCUUGACUGACUACGGCCUUGCUCUGAUGCUAAACCAAUCUCAUGCUUCACAAGUAAUGGUGGCGUUCAAGUCACCAGAGUGUGAGCAGUUUGGAAGACCGUCAAAGAGAAGUGAUGUAUGGAGCUUGGGGAUACUGAUACUGGAGGUGCUGACCGGUAAGUCACCAGGGGAUUACAUGCGGCAAGGGAGAAGUGAUACUGAACUGGUGCGGUGGGUGAACUCGGUGGUGAGGGAGGAGUGGACGGGAGAAGUGUUUGAUAGUCAGAUGAAAGGGACGAUGAGCAGUGAGGGAGAUAUGCUGAAGUUGUUGCAGAUUGGGUUGGGUUGCUGUGAACGUAAUGUGGAGAGAAGGUGGGAUCUCAGUGAAGCAGUUGAGAAGAUUGAACAGUUGAGGGAGAGAGUGAGUGUUCAUGUGAGAGGAGACAACAGCAACUACAACAACAAUCAUAAACAUAAUAAUAAUAAUAAUAAUAAUAAUAAUAAUAAUAAUAAUAGUAAUGAGGAUUACUCGUCCUAUGCUAGUGACACUGGUGACACCUACUAUUCCUCCAGGGCUAUGACAGAUGAAGAUUUCUCUUUCUCUGCCAAACACUAGAAAUGAAAUGAAACCUUUGGGAAGAUCCUGAGAACAGUGUGAUUAGACACCACCGGUAGAGAUUUUUUAAGGAUGUCGAAAUUGAAAUAUUUGUAUGUGUGAAUUUUUUUUUUGUCCUACUUUCUUUUUUUAUUUAGUUCAUGCAAUUGGACUCCCUCUGCUCUACUUCUUUCAAGUUUCUUUGUCAACCAACACAACAAAUUAAAUGGCAUAAACCACAGUGUGAUCAGUGCCUUUGGCUCAGAUGUAUUCUUUUAUAAAUUAAAUGU